AUGAACGCAUGUUCGGGGACCACGGCCCAGAGUGCUCUCCUGACGGAGCCGACUCCGGGAGAUCCUUACCGCUACCAACCGGGAUUUGGGAAUCGAUUUGCUUCUGAGGCGAUACCUGGAGUGUUGCCACACGCGCAAAAUGCUCCUCAAAAAGUCAAGUAUGACUUGUAUUCCGAACAAUUGAACGGCUCGGCAUUCAUAUCACCUCGAGCCAGCAUUCAGAAUACUUGGAUGUAUCGAAUCUUCCCAUCCGUCGCUCAUGGAUCAUUCAAGAAAUCACGAAAAUGCGAUCACAACAUCGAAUCCAAUUUCCUCCCCCAAAACCCAGACGUCUCUCCCUCCGCAAGCCACCUCGCGUGGGAUCCCUUCCCCCUCCCAUCAACCUCGAACUCAACAGACUUCAUCCAUGGCCUCAAAACCAUCAGCGGCAACGGUGACCCCUCCCUCAAAUCCGGCAUCGCAAUGCACAUCUACACCGUCGACGCCUCCAUGCCCAACUCCGCCUUCUGCAACACCGACGGCGACUUCCUCAUCCUCCCGCAGAUCGGCCUCCUCGACAUCCAAACCGAACUCGGCCGCCUCAUGGUCCGCCCGGGCGAACUCGUCGUCAUCCAAGCAGGCAUAAAAUUCCGCGUUUCCUUACCUUACGGUCCCUCGCGAGGCUACGUGCAAGAGAUCUUCGGCGCGCAUUACGAGUUGCCUGAACUAGGUCCCUUCGGCUCCAACGGCAUGGCAUACCCUCGGGACUUCGAGACUCCUGUGGCGAGCUUCGAUGUCGAUGCGAGUAGCGAGUGGACGAUAACGUAUAAACUCUCUGGCGAACUGCACACCUGCACGCAAACGCAUACGCCCUUCGACGUCGUCGCUUGGCAUGGGAAUUAUGCGCCGUAUAAAUACGCGUUGGAGAAGUUUGUCAACGUGGCUUGUGUGGAGCGGGAUCAGGCUGAUCCGACCGUGUAUACCGUCCUCACCGCUAGAUCUUCCACGCCUGGAGUCUCACUUACGGACUUCCUUGCUUUCACGCCGAGGUGGAAUACCACGACAAACACAUUCCGGCCGCCGUAUUAUCACCGUAACAUGUCCUCCGAAAUCAUGGGGCUGAUCUACGGCGCCCACGGCGAAGCCCUGCAACCCGGCGGAUUGACGUACGAAGGCAGCUAUAUGCCCCACGGGGAGAGCUACACCACCUGGAAGGACGCGACGGAAAGGGACUUGAAGGUUGAGAGGGUGGGUGAGGGGACGUUGGCGUUUAUGUUCCAUGUGGGGAGGCCGGUUAUGGUCACGAGGUGGGCGCUGGAGAGUAGUGGGUGUUUAAGGGUGGGGGAUCCGACGAAGGGGGCGGAGUUUAAGGGGGCGUUUUUGGAGAGGUUGGAGGAGGUGGAUGCGGAUUUGAAGAGGGCUGGGUUGCCUGGGUUGGGGGAGGGGGGUGAGAGAGGGGGUUAG